AUGGAAGCUGCAGGGCGAUACAGACUGUCGUACGGCGAUCACGACGCGGCGUGGAGGCAGUUUAAACUGGAUCACAAACGAGUCUACAGGUCUGCCAGGGAAGAGCUGGAAAGGUUGGCCAUUUUCAGGGACAACUUAAAACAAAUUGAACGUCAUAACUGGCAUUUUCACCAUGGGCUUGCAACUUAUUGGAUGGGCGUUAACAAAUUCUCAGACUGGACGACAGAAGAACUACGCCGAUUCUCGCCGCCGUUGAACAUGAAUGGGAGUUACGUCGUCAAGGGUCAGCAGGUCAAAGGUUUCGCCACGGCAGCCAGCGUUGAUUGGCGGUCUAAAGGUUAUGUGACAGGGGUCAAGGACCAGGGGCAGUGCGGAUCCUGUUGGGCUUUUAGUGCAACUGGAGCGCUUGAAGGCCAAUGGUUUCGAAAAACUGGGAAGCUUAUCUCCCUGUCCGAACAACAGCUAAUGGACUGUUCCAGAGACUAUUUGAACUUUGGGUGUCGUGGCGGAUUUGUGUUCAUGGCAUACGAAUACCUGAUGAACAGUAAAGGUAUCGAAGGAGAAGACACCUACCCGUACAGAGAACAGGACGAACCGUGUGACUUUAAAGCCCAACAGGUCCAGGCGACGGUGUAUGAUUACGUCGGUGUGUUGCCGCAUAAGAGCGAAGUGGCUCUACAGAAGGCGGUAGAGACAAUAGGGCCUGUCUCCGUGUCCUUUGCCGUGUCCAACAACUUUCGAUACUACAGUGGGGGUGUGUUUACAGACGAUACAUGUAAAACUAUCAACCAUUGCAUGCUUGUUGUCGGGUAUGGCAGUGCAGGAUCGCAGGAUUACUGGAUUGUUAAAAAUAGCUGGGGAAGUGACUGGGGAGAUGAAGGCUACGUCUACGUGGCUCGUAACCGCAGCAACAUGUGCCACAUCGCUACUCUGUCGUUUUAUCCUAAAGUUUAG